AUACAUUAUAGCUUUACACCAUGAAGGUGAUUUUUUUACUCGCACUACUUUUGUGUAUCCACGCCGAGGCCAAAUUAAUCAAAUAUCCAAAGAAUUACGUAAAAGGUGCGAUUGAAGGUCGUGUAGUAGGAGGAACUAAUGCUACUKUGGGCCAAGCACCCUAUCAGGUGUCUUUACAAACUUUAUACGGUGAUCAUUUCUGUGGUGGCGCCAUAAUCUCCGAAAAAUGGAUCGCAUCUGCCGGACAUUGUCUUGUCAAAAGAGAUCCCGAGAAUGUAAUGAUCGCUACAGGCACCGUCGAAUGGCAGAAGCCGAACGCCACUUAUUAUGCUAGCUCCAUACAUAUACACUGUCGCUAUAACAAUCCGAGCAGUCACAACGAUAUCGCCUUGGUACGACUGAACUCAUCUAUUGUGUUCAAUGAUAGAACCCAACCUAUACCACUACCGACAGAGCAGAUGAAGGAAGGCGAUGAGGUCAUAUUGACAGGUUGGGGUUCAACUGAGUUGUUCGGUGAUCCACCCGACAUUCUGCAGAUUAUAUACUUGAAAUAUUUACCACAUAAAAKUUGUAAACAAAUGCACGAUGACGAUCCAGAUGUGGAUGUGGGACACAUGUGCACAUAUACGAAGAAUGGCGAGGGUUCGUGYCAUGGCGAUUCGGGUGGCCCUUUGGUGAACAAUGGCAAAUUGGUCGGUUUAGUUAACUGGGGUACGCCCUGCGCCGUCGGCUAUCCAGAUAUGCACGCGAGUACUUAUUUCUAUGUGGAUUGGAUUCGUCGUGUAACGAGCGGUACUACAAAAUGUUUUAGUUAAAAGAGUUAUUGCUAAAAUAAUACAUGAGAUGUGAUUGGAAAUCAGUGGGAGGACUUAACAAGAAAAAAAAAAGUUAAAUAAAACAAAAUACAUUUUUAAAAUAAGAAAAUAAUAAUGUUUUCUUUUGAAACAGUUUUGAGUUUAGUUAUAAGCGUGCAUUUUACUUCUGUCACAACCUUUAUAAUCCAAUAGCAGAUGUAAUAAAAAAUUGUUUACUACGGGUA